AUGUGCCUCUGUCGUCUGCUCACGCUGCUGACGGCUUCCGCUUUUUAAACCUAGGCCUGUGUAUGGCUUCCGAAUACUGCUGCCUCCACCGCCACCCUGCGCCAUGUGCCUCUGUCGUCUGCUCACGCUGCUGACGGCUUCCGCUUUUUAAACUAGUCCUGUGUAUGUCUUCCGAAUACUGCUGCCUCCACCGCCACCCUGCGCCAUGUGCCACUUUCGGGUCUCCUCACACUGCUGCCAGGUCCAGAGUGUGUCAUGGGUCCCUGUACGGCCUCCCAUUGCUGCUGACUUCAUCGCCAGACUCUGCCAUGUGCCACUUUCAGGUCUCCUUACACUGUUGGUGGGUUCCAUUUUGUGAUAGGGUGCUG